AUGGAGAACCACAUCUCCCCCUAUUUCCAUAUUGCCGCAACAAAAUAUGGAGGCCGAGGUUGUUUUGCAAACAAUAAUAUAGCUUUAAAUACCCAGAUCCACCAGUGUCCCGCACCCAUUGGCUUCACGAUCUCACGACCGUUUAAAAAAGAAGUAUGUUCUUGGUGCUACGAGUAUCAACAUGGGAGUUAUGCCAAAGUCAAGAUUGCACAACUGUUUGGUAAGGAUACCUGCUCCAUAAACUUUUGUAGUGAAGUUUGCAAGAUUAAAUUUCAAACAAUCGAUGACAAAAAGAAGGUACUAGUGCAAAACUUGUUAUCUGCCGAGAAAAAUUAUCUCGUAGGGUUGAAUAAAACUGGAAACAAUGGGAACGAUGAAGAUAUGGAAGUAACUAAAUUGAACAAGGAGUUUGAAGUUGAUGAUUAUUCACGAGAGGAAUGGGGCAUAGUUCAAGAAUGGGAUGCACAAAUUAGUCGAAUGAAGGAAUCAAAAAGACUAAAUCAUCUCGUACGACUAGAUGACGGCGAGUUUUCAGAGGCUAAAUACAUAAUUACUGUUUUGUUUCAAAUGUAUAAAUACAGCAACAGCAACAACACCACAACUGUAGCCACAACCACAACCAAGUAUUUUGAAUCAGACUUUGAUACGCAAUUGGAAAUGGAGCUCAAUUUGUUUCAAACACUCCAGUCUACUGAGAUGGAAAAGUACCACAAAUACCCUUCCUUAGUCUCUUCCUAUAUUAAAAUCUAUAAAUUUGUCAAAAUCACAUGCACCCCGGAAUUGCAACCAUUCAUAACGCCACCAACGGUGAGAUCAAUUAUCGGACGCAACCUUUCCAAUGCAUUUGGCCUUUGGUCAGAAACACAAGAUUCAAAUGAAGACAAGGAAUUUCUUGGAUUUGCCGUUUACCCAUCAGCAUCCUUCUUCAACCACUCGUGCGAACCAAAUAUCAAGAAAAUCAGAGUCAAAAAUGAACUCAAAUUUGUUACGUUGCGAGAAAUUGCUCCUGGCGAAGAGUUGUGUAUCAAUUAUGGUAAUUUUCAAAAUGAAAACGUCAAAGAAAGGAAAAAACAAUUAAGUGAAUGGUUUUUCGACUGUGGAUGCACAAAAUGCGAGGCUGACUCUCAAAAUGUAAUUAAAGAUUAG